ACCACCCCUGCGGACAUGGUGUUUGCAUACCACAGCUGUGCUUGCAGUGAACGCAAUAACUCCGGUGGCGUACGAUGAAUCGCAGCUGAUCAGGCUCCAUUUCCUUAACAGUGCGUUUACAGAUUGUCUUCCGAAUUCCGAGAAACUCCAUUCCUUAGAGACAUCUAGAUCACAGUAGUUUCCAGAUGACACUGGAAAGUGUAAGCGAGCUGGAUGACUGAAUCCGAGCGUUCAAUCACUGACUGAAUCUGGUGAAUCAAUUUAGCUCAGAGCAGGACAGGAACGGAAUACUCAAACGAGGUACACAUCAUAAGGAAGAGGUGACAAGCAAAUGAUACAGACCGGAGUGUUGCAUAGAUUUCUACAGCCCUGGGACCACAGUUCUUGUUUUAAGUGUUUGGAGUUGGGUUCCUGCCAUGUGGUAAUGUAGACACAAGCUCCGAAGGAUUCUGUAGAUUCUAGGAACCCUCCCAGAGGCGUGGGACCUGUAUUGUCACUUUUUUGGACAGAAUGGGAAACCUGACUGCAAGAGAAAGCUCAGCUGUUGAAGACACCGAUCAGCAGACUGAGGGGCAGGUUCCUGUGGCUCACGUCUCUUGCACACCUCACAAAGGACGGGGUCCUGUUGAUCACGUGUCCUACAUGCGUCAAGAGGGGCAGGGUCCUGUUGAUCCCUUCUCCUAUGCGCCUCAAUCUCAGACCUGCCCAGACAGGGCAGCUCUCAGCCCCCCACCACACUUCACUCCUGCAGUACCAGGCAAGCCAGGCAGGAGGGGAUCUGAGGACAAUGUCACUAUGGAUACAGGGGUGGACUGGUCUGCUCUCACAAAGAACAGUGGUAGAAGGGAAGUUUCUCUUCCUGUGGAUCUUGGACAGGACCUGGCCAGUGAGGAUUUCUCCAGGACUCAAGAAAGCUUGGUGGUGUUGGACAGCACAAGACCUUAUGAGGAGGGGAAACCAGAACGGACUGCGGACUGGGAAAUCCAACCAGACAAAGUCACCACCCAUCAUGUGAGACCCACUUCAGCCAGCAAGGACUCUGGGUGUUUAAGCCCAGCACACUCCACAGAGAGGCAGUUCAGCUUGUCUCCAUCCCCAGAGAAGGCCUCUGAGCCGCAGCGUGAUCAAAGAGACUGCAGUACGGUGCACUGGGGUGAGAAGGACAGUGGCCUGGAUGAUUCAGCAGAGCAGGACAGCAGAGUAGCAGAUUCAUCAGAUGACCUGGAGGGGUUUGUGAAGGAGACGAAGGAUAGACUGCACUCCUCUGAAUGUGGGACCCAGGGUGGCACUGCAGUACCUACUGACAGUGAGUCUAUGAAGCAGUUGCAUGUGGAAAAAGAACUGCUUGCUGAAAUAAAACGUUUGAAGGAGAAGAUGAAGGUGGACUCGGAGGAGUGGAGUCAGUUCCAGGCUGACCUGCAGGUGGCAGUGUCUGUCGCAGACAGGAUGAAAUCAGAGGCAGAGGAUGAACUGAGCACGCUCAGAACAAGACUACAGGAGACUGAGGCGGAGCUGAGUGCUCUCAGAAUAUCACAUCAGGAGACUGAGAAAGAAUUUGAUACUCUCAAGGUAUCGCAUCAGGAAACGGUGUCGGAGCUGGUCAAGCUCAAAGCAGCCUAUCAAGAAAUGGUGGCGGAGCUGAGGGUGCUCCGAACAGGUCCCGCAGAACAGCAGUCGGCACUCUGCCGGAGAGAACAGGACAAGCACGAUAGGAGCAGAACAGAUGCAGUGGGUGCAGGAGAGCUGCUGAAAGAGAGACGCCUCGUCAAACUCCCCCUGUCCUCCCUGCCUUCCCCUACUGUGAAUGGAGACUUACACCGCUGGAAAUCUACAGUGUCUUCAACAAAGCUAACUUCCACCGAGAAGGAGAAAGCUUCCAGAGAAUGGAGGGUUGAUAAACCUGAGGAGGCACUCGCUGCUGGAGUGAAAAAGCAGGAUGCCCUAACUCUUAAAAAGCAGGAUGACCUAACUCUUAAAAAGCAGUAUGACCUAACUCUUACUCUACAUAACCCUGUUGGGAUGACAGCCGCAGCGUCUUUAAAAAAUAAGAUCAGACAGAGGGAAGGUUUGAGCUCUCUGGUGAAGCGUCAUGGUGGCUCAAAAAGAAAUUCGCUACUGUGCUGGUGCCAGAACAGGACCGAGAGCUACCAGAAUACUGACAUAACCAACUUCAGCAGCAGCUGGACAGAUGGCCUGGCUUUUUGUGCUGUCUAUCAUACAUACCUACCCAAUCACAUCCCCUACAGCAGACUGAGCCCUCUCAACAAGAGAGAUAAUCUGAAUUUGGCAUUCACAACUGGUGAUGGUAUAGGAAUACCACCAUCUCUGACUGUGGAGGAGAUGUUGAGAGCUGGAGGACCAGGCUGGCUGCGAGUGCUGGAGUAUGUGGAAUGCAUCUACAACCACUUUGAAAUGUGAACACAGGAAAUGCCAACUGGCAUGUGACAUUCCUAUCAAUCUCCAGCGUGUGUCCUCACAGCAGGAAUCAUCUGUGGCUGACACUACAGGGGUCAUUUUAAAAUAACUGUAACCAUUGCAAGCUGUCAUCUCACCUGAACACAAUGUGGCACAGUCCAGCAGAUCAGGGGCUUUGCAGAUUCACUUCUUUAAUGCUGCUGGUGAAUUGGAAAGUAGUUUGAAAUUAGAACUUGAAAGACAGGUAAAUUCUAAUCUGGGGCUAGGGUUCAUUUAUCUGGGAAACUGAUUUGUAUGUUUCUAUGAAGUUACUUACAGAGCAGGUAUUGCCCUGUAGGUGAUCAAGAAGGGUAUAUUUUAGGAGAAAUGGAAGGAUGUAUGAGUCAGCACAUUAUUUUAUUUAAUCAGCCCUGCUGAAUAGUAACACAUGUCCCAAAUGCUGUUGUAGAUACAAAAUAUCCCAGAUAUUAUUUUUAAAAGGCAUAGUCUGUUGAGAUUUUUUUUUUUGGUUGUUUUUUGGCUGGUGUCUGAUUUAUCAUACUUCCUGAUUUUAAACUGAACCUGUCCACUUACUAUUAUUUUUUUAAAUAAUAAUAAACCUUUAAACCUUAAAAUUCAUGUAACGUGAAUAUGCAGAUUAGUGCCAAUGGUUUUGUAACAGGAAGAAAAAAGUAAAGGAGCUGCUAUUCCUGGAAUGUUGAACUGAUAGAUUUAUAUCCGCUGUAUGUAUAUGAGUGUUGACAACAGACUGGAGACAUUAUGUUGAGGUGAAAUAUUUGUGUUAAAUAUUUCAAAUAAAGAAAAAAACUAAAAUAUAUCUGGUUUAUAUUUGGGAUAUAUUCACUAACAUUUUUGGCCUAAAUGCUUUCCUCCUUUCAUGUUUUU